GACCGGCAGCAGAGCCCACAGGCAGGGGCAUCGGUGCGUGAGGGUCCAGGAGAGACGGCGGAGUCCUGGGUUCGAAUCCCUGUUCGAUGGCGCACUGGCUUCACCGGACUCGGCUUCCCUUCCCUGCCCUGUGGAAUGCGGGCAGCAUCAGGGAGCGGCAGGCCGGUCGGCUCAGCACCGGCGUGGAAGUGUGUCUGGCGCGCAGUAAGGUUUCAGAGGCCUCGCGCCUUCAGUCCCCGUGGGGCAGGCGAGAGGCGCUGGGUGCUGGCAGGGAGCCGCUCGUCCACAGGCUGGGGGAGGCCCGCUUCUCACCCCUCCUGCUUCUCACCCCUCCCCCUUCUCACCCCUCCCCCUUCCUCACCUCCUCCUGCGCGUCCAUGGCUGCGUCCAGCGUGGACCUGGCUGUCCCUGUCAGCGGGGGUGGGAAGACAGCGGCUGAUCACACAGCGCUGGAAUCUGCAGGAAAGGACACCGCUCUGGGACCACAUCCGCUCUCAGGCACCCCUGCAAGGCCAGCGGACGUGGGACCGCAGCCUCGUUUCCAAAGCAGAAUGAUCACGACGGACACCCCCGGCAGUGACUCUCGGCAGUGCGGCGGAGGAAGGGGCUGGGCAGAGCUUUGCAGACCUGCCGGGGGAAGAGCCAGCCCGGCCCGACUCAGGCUCCUAGGCCAGACCCGCCCCCCCACGCCCCGGAGAGCCCCGUGCUGCAGAGGCGGUGAAGAAGGACAGGGCUUGGGGCCAGGCCCGCAUGGCAGCUCCCGUGGGUGGCCUGGGUGUCUCUGCAGCAGCCGGGAGGGGGACGGUGCUAGCGGCUGUAGUAAACACACCCCAGCUUUCUCCUCCCGUGGAGCUGGCGGAUUGCAACGUUCUCGCUGGUGGGCGACUUCACACGUCGUGACGCGGGGCCCGGGCUCCGGUGGCGAAUGGCUCUGCUGGCGCCCUUCAGCUUACUGCCAGGCUUUAUCUUUUUGGGGCUGUAUCCCCUUUUGGCAGCCCGAGGAAUGGGCUUUUCUCAGAAUAAUUGUCCUUAAACACAUACAGUAAAGCACCGAGGUUAGCCCAGAGUGAGACGUGAAACUCGGCUUCUACCGGUAGCAGCACUGCCGGUCCUGACGCAGCUGCUGGGUUUCUCGCCCGCGCUCACGGGCACAGGAAAUACAGGGCGUCCGGGAGGUUGCUAGAAACAGAGAGGUCAUUCUUUUCCCCACUUGGGCUCACAGAACCCCGCCCAGUCCCCGAAUUGUAACCCUGGGGUUUGACGGCCAGCCAGCAGUCGGACAGAGGAGGCAGAGCUGGCUUGGUCACACCUGAGGACUCUGCUGGGAAGGACAGACACCAGGCACCCUUGCCAGUGCCGCGAUGCAUCGUGCUAGUGCAUGGGGACGGGCUUUGUGUCUGACCCCACGUCUCUGGCUUCAGUGUCCCGUGUCUGCUGUGCCCUGAAACACUGACCCUUGCCGGUGGAUGGAGCAUCUUCUCCUGAACCCUGGGAGGAAAGCUUGGAUUUGGGCUCUGCUUGUGGCGUGCUACAAAUCCCCCUGCGGCUGCUGUCAACGAGCAGGGCUCUGCCUUCAGGAGGCUCCGGCUAGAGAUGCUGCUGGAAGGGAAGCAGGUCUGCAGGGACAGAUCAAAACAUGGUCCUGUGUCCUGGCUCCAGCAGCCCCCGAAACAGAGACCAGUGCCUUGGGGAACAGGAGCGGCCUGCGGCCCCUCUGUGCUCCCUCCUCCACCAGUUCUGUCUGUCCAUCUGCACGAGGCGUGACUUGGGGGCUGGACCUUCCGCAGGUGGGAAUUGCUGGGGGAAGAACCUGGUUGGUCCUCUGGGCAUCCGGCAUCUUCUGCCCACGGCAUCUGUGAGGUGAACACGUGAAGCUCUGCCUGCACGGGGAGAGGCGCUUGUCAAAGUGAAGGUGAUGCCGACGGCCCUGGGCCCGGCUGGGGACAGGAGCGUUCACAGUUCCUCCCGCGUCAGCCGCACCGGGAGAGCCGGCUUGUCAGCCCGGACAAUGGAGAUGUCGCUCACAGCAGGUGCGGCGUGUGCUGCUUUGCUCAGGCUGUCGGAACACGUUACCUCACCGGGGGGGGGCUGACGGCGUAGGCGCUGACAGCGCUGGAGGCCAGGACCCCAAAAAGUCACGUGUCAGCACGCUGUGCCCUUUCUCACAGCGGCCUUGUCCAGCUUCUGGUGGCUCCAGGCGCUUGUCUGUGGCCAUGUGCCUCCCACACCAGCCUCCACCUCAGCCUGGCCUCCCCGGUGACUAAGCUCAGCAUCGGAUUGGGCCCACGCCGACCUAGCCUGGCUUCACCUUACCAUGUCUGCAGAGACCCUGCCUGUUUCCUGAGAAGGACACACCCGCAGUUUGCAGGCCAACGUGACUUGGGUGUGGGACACCCUUCAGCCCAGUCACAACACCCAUGCCAGUGUCCAGUCACCCCCGUGUGUGCACACGCCCAGGCGCCAAGGUUUCUGUCCUCCGAACUGAGCUGAAGCUGCCCAGUCUGGAAAAGGAUAAAAAUAUGCUGCCCGGUCCUUCUGUGGCCCUGCCUCAGUUUCCCAGGUCACCCUCAAAGUGGAUGUCCUGCUUUGAGAGGAAAAUGAGCAAUCGUGAUGAGGAAGCUAUUUCAGGGACCAAAGACGAAAUGAAACAUCACGGAAGGCGGAUUCGGUCUACACCUUCGUCCUCCAUCUCCAAAGCCAGCUGCGGCCUCUCUGGCCUCACCGCACUCCACUGUGACUUCUUUUCUUCCCGCCUCCGCUUUGAAGGGCAGGGGCGACAGUGGCCCACCCGGUGAUUCAGGAAGACUUCCCUCUUCACACAACGUGCAGGAGUUCGGGUUCCUCUGCCGGCCUGCGGACACGUGGCGGUAUUGAUCUUUUAAUUGUAGGAAUUCCGUUAUGCCUUCCGUUUCGUCAUCUUGGCCGCUGCACUUCGUAGAAUCACCAGGACAGUGUUGAAUAAAAAUGAUGAGAUGAGGUAUCCUUGUCUUGUGUUUUGCUCCUAAGGAGAAAGUAUUUAAUAAUUUAUCAUUAAGGAUGACAUUAGCUGCGGAUCUUCCAUGAGGUGGAAGAUGCUUUCAUCCAUUCCUGAGGGUUUUUUUUUUUUCCUUUAAUCACAAACGGAUAUUGAACUUUGUCAAGUGCUUCUUCAGAACCUAUUAAAACAAUCAUGUGGGUUUUCUUCUUUUUUGUCUAUUAACUUAGAAAUUACCUUUUUU